GCCGGCGUGUGUGUGACGGCCUGCGGGCCGGGGCUUGCCAUUUCGGCCGACGGCCGGCAGUGUGUUGCCUGCGCGGCCUCCUGCUCGGCCUGCCUGGGCCCGGCGUCCGACCAGUGCUCGGCGUGUGCCGGCAACCGGUACCUGCCCGGCGGCCUGCCAGGCACGUGCCGGUCCUGCGAUGCGGCCUGCUCCGGGUGCACCGGCCCGACGGCCUCCCAGUGCACGGCCUGUGCGGCGGGCUGGCUGCGCGCGCCCUCGGGCGAGUGUGUGCGCACCUGUCCCGAGGGGACCGGGAUUUCGGCUCCCGGGUCCAGCCAGUGCAAGGCCUGCGCCGAUGCCGGAUGUCUCUCCUGUGUGACGGCCCAGCCCGGGGCCAUUUGCCGGACUUGCCGGCCCGGGCUGCAGAUCGACGCCACCGGCAAGCAGUGUCUCCAGUGCCAUGGGACCUGCGCCACGUGCGAUGGCAACGGCCUGGCCAAUUGCCUAACCUGCGCUCCGGGGCUUCUGCUCCAUGGGGCUUCCUGUGUGAACCCCUGCCCGGAUGGGACAUUUGCCGAUGGGGAAAUUUGCUCGCGCUGCUCCGGGCGGUGCGACACAUGUGUCGGGCGGCAAUUCCUGCCUGCCGGAUUCCUGCCCGACGUGUAA